AUGAACUAUUUCUCCUUCACUCACUUCAUAUUUGCCGUCAUAAUCUUUCUCCAGUGUUUUAGUCCCACAGGAGCUACCACGUGUCAUCCUGAUGAUGAGGCGGGUCUUUUAGCGUUCAAAUCCGGUAUAACUCAAGAUCCUUCAGGCAUGCUCAGCUCUUGGAAGAAUAAUACUUCUUGCUGCUCCUGGAACGGUGUCUCUUGCGUCAGCGGCGACCGCGUCACCGUACUGUCACUACUCGGAUUUCUCAAGAAACCCGUACGCUCCCUCUCAGGCACUCUCUCGCCGUCGCUGGCCAAACUCCAGUACCUCGAAGUGAUUAGCUUGGGAGGUCACAGAAACAUCACUGGACCGUUUCCCCAAUUCCUUCUCCGACUACCAAAGAUUAAGUACGUUAACAUCGAGAACAACAAUCUCUACGGUCCACUUCCGGCCAACAUCGGCACGCUAAGCCAGUUGGAAGAUUUAACUCUUCGGGGAAAUAAGUUCACCGGUCCGAUACCGGUUUCCAUAUCAAAUCUUUCUCGGUUAACCGGUCUUUUUCUUGGCGAUAAUCUUUUAACCGGAACUAUACCAUCAGGGAUUGCUAAUCUCAAGCUCCUUCAGAAUCUAAACCUCGGCGGCAACCUCCUCCGUGGCACCAUCCCAAACAUUUUCGAAUCCUUGACGCAGCUCAAGUUUCUCGAGCUCUCACGCAACGGAUUCUCAGGGAGACUUCCUCCGUCAAUCUCAUCGCUCCAACCAACACUCUUAGUCCUCAGUCUGAGCCAGAACAAUCUCUCAGGGACCAUACCAGACUACAUAUCAAGCUUCAUCAAACUCGAAAACUUGGAUCUCUCCAAGAACCGGUUCUCAGGGGCUGUGCCGGAAGGUUUCGCUAAUCUGACCAAUAUUUACACUCUUGAUCUCUCUCAUAAUCUUUUAACCGGUUCAUUUCCUGACUUGAUCGCUCAAACCAUCCAGAUUCUUGAUCUCUCGUACAACCAGUUUAACCUAGAAACGAUUCCAGAUUGGGUGACUUCGUUGCCAAGCAUGUCCUUGUUGAAGCUAGCAAAAUGCGGGAUCAAGAUGAGCUUAGACGACUGGAAGCCAGCGGAAACGUUGUACUACUAUUACAUUGAUCUGUCCAAUAACGAGAUCUCAGGGAGUCCAGAAUGGUUAUUGAACCAGACGAAGUAUCUGCUGGAGUUUCGGGCGGCGGGGAACAAACUCCGGUUCGAUAUGGGGAACUUGACGUUUGCGAAGACGCUGAAAACAUUGGAUCUUUCAAAGAACUUGGCAUUCGGGAUGGUGACGGAGAUGGUGACCGGUCUGCAGAGACUGAACUUGAGUCGAAACCAUCUUUGCGGAAAGCUUCCGGUGACAAAUUUCACAGCCAGCGCGUUCGCCGGCAAUGACUGUCUAUGCGGCUCUCCACUUUCUCCUUGUUUAGUUUAG